GAGCUUGUGCUGCUGCUGGAGAUCGACACCAGCUGUGUGUAACAGUGUUCCAGAGACAUCACUAUGGAUUCCUAUGGGCGUAUGGAGUUCCUGCAGGCUUUAGUGGAGGGCUGUGUGUUGCCCACUGCCCUGCAGGGUCUUGAGCAGGUCUGGCAGCUUCUGCUGGUCUGCCUGCUGUGUCGGGUCAUCUGUAGACUAGGUGUCUCGUGUCAUGUGAAGCAUCUGAGCUCGCUGGCAGGCGGUCUUUAUGUGCUCUACGUGUUUUUCGAGAUGCACACGAUGUGGGUGAUCAUCCUGAGCCUCCUCUGCUACCUCAUUCUGCUCCUCAGCAUCAACUCCAGCAGCCGAGGGGUUUUCCUCUCCCUCGUCAUCCUCAUUUACAUGCUGAUGGGGGAACUACACAUGAUAGAUGCAGCGACCUGGCAUAAGAUGAGAGGGUCCCAGAUGGUGGUGGCCAUGAAGGCCAUCUCUCUAGCCUUUGACCUGGAUCGAGGCGCUGUGUCCUCCUUUCCCACCCCGCUGGAAUUCAUGGGAUACCUCUUCUUUGCAGGAACAGUCAUCUUUGGCCCAUGGAUUAGUUUUGCCCGCUACAUAGAUGCAAUUAAUGGCCGUAAAAUGAGCAUUGCCUGGUUGGGAAAGAUUUCUCAGAGCUUUCUGAGUGGUCAGAUCUGCCUGGUUAUUUCCACCUGUAUUGCUCCUUAUCUCUUUCCUUACUUUAUUCCCAUCUACGGAGACGGACAUCCUCGAAGGUGGCUUCACGCUUAUGAAAAUGCCUUGUCUUUUCACUUUAGCAAUUAUUUUGUCAGUUACUUAAGUGAAACAACAACUGUGAUGGCAGGAGCGGGAUUCACUGAACACAAAGACCACCUCAAAUGGGAUAUUACAGUAGCCAAACCUAUGAAUGUGGAAUUGCCAAGGUCUAUGGUGGAAGUCGUCACGUCCUGGAAUCUUCCAAUGUCUAAGUGGCUCAAUGCAUAUGUUUUUAAAAGCGCACUCAAACUCGGCACUUUCCCUGCCAUCUUGGUGACCUACACAGCCAGUGCGUUGUUGCAUGGUCUCAGCUUUCAUCUGGGGGCUGUACUGUUGUCUUUGGGAUUCAUCACAUAUGUUGAACACGUUCUGAGAAAGCGCUUGGCUGCUAUUUUCAGUGCUUGUAUACUGUCAAAACGCUGCCCAAGUGACUGCCAUCACCAAAACAAGAAGACUGUGUGGGUUUAUGUUGUAAACCUGUUCUUCAGUGCUCUGUCAAUAUUCCAUUUGACUUACUUGGGAUCAUUAUUUGACUCUGAAAUGGAUGAAAUGCACGAUGAGGAGGGCUACAUGGCCAGUCACACUAUUCAGAAGUGGUCGGAGCUAAACUGGGCGAGCCAUUGGGUGAUGUUAGGCUGUUUUGUGUUUUAUUGGCUCAUUUAAAAAAAUUGCCACAUUGUUUUUAUAGCAUUGAGCAGUCAAAGGACCAUUCGCUGAACCUGAUGUUGAAUGAUGACUGAAAUAUCAAAGACUGCAAUAAUCAACAGUCAGCAUUUCCUCGUUCACCCGUCUGACCCUCAAGUGGAGAAAGUGCCUUAUGAUUACAAGAAUUAUUUUUGUCAUCAUGUGGUCAUACUAUUUUUUAUUUUUUUCCAUUGGAAUUUUGCUUGAGCAAUAGGAGAAAUAUCAGUGUGUAGAGUUCAUAUUACAAGUGUUUUUCUUUCUUUCUGUAUAUGGCUCAAUAUACAGUAUAAAUAAUAGCUUCUUUCAAUAGGAACGUUGUUGUUUUCGCUUUUACAGUUGAACAUGCGUAAAUCUGAAAACAUGUUUCAUAUUUUUACUGAAAGGUGUAGAUUAGCUCUGACAAAAAUAUUUAUUAUUUUCUAAUAAAAAUUGCCAACAUGACUAUU